AUGAAGAGAAGCAAAUUGAACAAAGAGGAAACAACAGCAAAACGUGUUGAUAAUCAUGUUUGUAUUCCCAGCGGAUUGGGACACUUGCGUGUAUAUAAAUAUGUGCAUGCACGUAUUCCAGAACAGCAUAUUUUUCUUCGCGACGACAUUAUUUUUCCAAUAUUUACUAAACCAGCCAUCAUGGUUGCCCGCUCGAUCGUCUACGCGAUGCUCUUCACUCUAAGUUUGACCGUUUUGAUUGAUCCGUUACGCGCGAUCUCGGUGUCGAACAAAGAUAAUAACGAUGUUGCCAAUGCGAUAAACAUCUUGCAUGAUCAUCAAUUUACAAACAAACGAGGUUCAGAUAUGAAUGAAGUCGAUCCAGGCGAAUUCUAUAGUCUGUUGUUGGGCAAACGUCGACUUCCUUCAGAAUCUAUUCUGCUCGGCAAACGUCGUCUACCUUCGGAAUCGAUUUUACUCGGCAAACGUCGACUUCCUUCAGAGUCUAUUCUUCUGGGUAAACGCCGUUUACCAGACGAAGCUGUACUCUUAGGUUGA